AUGACAAAGAACCUGAAUGAUACAAUGGUAAAAAGUGUGGGACUGUCAAGACAAACAAUUCGAAGACAGCAGCAGAAAUUAGCUCUGCAGAUAAAAGAGAGGCUAAUCUCAGACCUAAGUGGUGAUAAACUCAUCUGGUACAGCAUCGCUGUCGAUGAAUCCUUGGACGUCGCUAGUUACGCGCAACUGAUAUUUUUUAUCAGGUUCGUAACAAAGGACUUUGAGAUAAGAGAGGAGUUUCUUUGUAUGAAACCUCUGAAGGAUAAAGCAACAGGAGUGAACAUAUAUGAACUGUUUGUGCAGGUGAUAAAGGAAUUCUCAUUGGAUCCUAUGAAGCUUGCAGCUGUUUGCACAGAUGGAGGAACUGCGAUGGCAGGUAAAGAGAGGGGAUUAGUAACACUGCUAAGGAGCAGUGGGAAAUUCACAAAUUUCCUUUACCUGAAGUGCAUAAUCCACCAGCAAGCCCUGUGUGCUAAGGCGUGUAUAUUCAUGAAUACUAUGAAGGAGGCCGUUGACAUCGUGAAUUACAUACGUGGUAGUUCAGUGAACCACAUACAGUUCAAAGAAAAGCUGAUCGAAUGCGAUGACGUCGCAUACAUAACCGUACCAUAUUAUUCAUCAAUAAGGUGGCUUUCCAACGGUAGACUGUUAACAAGGGUGUUGGAAUUUAGAAAACCCAUAAUUGAAUUCUAUGAAGCCAAGGAAAUGAAAUGCGUUCUAGCAGACGAAGAAUUCCACAUAAGCCUGAUGUGUAUUAAUGAUAUGGUAGAGAAUCAACAGCGUUUAAAUCUGGAACUACAAGGUAAUCAGAAGAAUGUCUACCAGGUCUAUGUGGCAGUAACCGAGUUUCUGACUACGCUGAAGCUAGUUAAGAAGAACGUAGAAUGUGGAAAGCUGACGAAACUAUUCUUCAUAACGCUUGCUGAAAAGUAUAUGUUCAAAGAUCUGCCAGAAAGAAUCAAGGAAGAAUUGAAAACUGCGCUUAACCUGAUGAUAGAAGCGUAUGAAAAUCUUUUCAUUGACUUUGGAACAGAGCUGUCCAAUAUGCAGCUUGUUUUUUCACCCUUUGAUAUCAACCCUGAAGAUGUGGAUGAUGAGCUGUCACUGGAAUUGAUAAGCGUACAAGCAGAUGUAAGAAACAAGUAUCGUUUUAGUAGCGAAAUCCCCAUAUCAGAAGUUUGGAGAAAUAUCAAUGGUGUUCCAAAAUUAAGGAUUCUUGCAGCCAAAUACCUGGCAUGUUUCAGUCCAGCACACUGUUGUGAGAAAGCAUUCAGCGACAUGAAGAAUAUAAAAAGAAGUAAUCGUAUGAUAUCAACUAAUGAGAAUUUGGACGAUGAGAUGAGAAUCAAGUUAAAUAAGAUGACUUUGAAUUAUGAAGAAUAA